CUCUUCAUCUCGAUCCAUCUUCUCUUCAACAUCCCCCUCUCUCUUGAUCCUUUUUUGUUUUUUUUCAGACACUCAGUUCCAUAAGCAGCCCUCAUUGAACACACAGGAGCAAUGUCCAACAGCACGGAAUCCAACUUUAGGAACGCCUUUAAGAACUUUGGUGCCCGCGGAGGUGUCUCUGCCGCCACAAACGCCAGUGCAACAACUUCUAAUGGCACCUUCAGUCGGGCAUCAGAUUGGUUUGGCGGAGUCAGGAGCCAGGUCUCGGGAUAUGUGCCCGUCUCGCUUGGCGGGGGCGCCCAACCACAGGAGGAGGACUGGCUGGGACUCUCUUGGUUCCAGCGCAUAGCAGGAUUUGCGAUCUGCGUUGCCGGAGGCCUGGCCUGUUUCAUGAUCGCCUUUUUUGUUGGCCUGCCUUUGCUUGUGCUCAAGCCCAGCAAGUUCGCGACCAGCUUCACAUUAGGAAGCAUUCUGCUCAUGGCCAGGUUUGUCCCGAUCACCUCUCUCCUAUCGAAAGCUGAAUGGACACGCAUAUCAAUCAUACUGACGACAUGUAUUUGUUCCAAAUACUUGAAAAUCGAUAGUUUCGCGUUGCUGAGAGGUCCCGUUGCACAUUUGAAGGCAUUGGUGUCCAAGGAACGGCUACCAUUUACUGUAAUCUACGUUGGAUCCAUGAGCUUCGUACUCUACUCAAGCCUGAUCGAAAAGAGCUAUAUCCUAACAAU